CAAAAGAAAUAAAAAAGGUAAACACUGUUAGCACCACAAGUCGAACAGUUGCGGCUCCUACUAGCCAAGAAACAAAAAGAGUAGAAAGAGUAUUAAAUAAAUAUGGAUUAUUAAAAACAAGGAGUAAAAAUGGUGGCUGGAAUAUCACUUGCCCUGAUUGUCAGCGAGUAGUUAAUGUGCUAGGUUAUCAAGAAGGCUCUUAUUUAGCAGUCCAAGGAACUUAUACUAACCCCACUAAUGGCAGUAAUAGAAAAUCCUUUACCGCCACUUCUUACCAAAUAUUAGAGGAAGAUUAUCUAGUCAAAAAGCAAAUAUUAGACCAAACUCAGGAACAAUUACCCCAAUUCGAGCAAACUUACCAGCAAAUUAAAGCAACUCGGGAACAAUUAGCAAGCCAUGGAAAAUAA